GGUGGAUGGGGGACACGUGUGCCGGGAGCGAAGCAGGAAGUGACUCCGGGAGCGGAGCCGGCGCUCGAGCUGCAGCGGGGCUGAUGGAAGUGGAGAGGGGGCUUGAGAGGGCAUCGUACUGUAUCCAGCAUGCUCCAAGGCCACAGCUCUGUGUUCCAGGCCUUGCUGGGGACCUUCUUCACCUGGGGGAUGACGGCAGCUGGGGCGGCUCUUGUGUUCAUAUUCUCUAGCGGACAGAGGCGGAUCUUAGAUGGAAGUCUUGGCUUUGCUGCAGGGGUCAUGCUCGCAGCUUCCUACUGGUCCCUCCUGGCCCCCGCAGUUGAGAUGGCCGCGUCCUCUGGGGCCUUUGGGGCCUUUGCCUGCUUCCCUGUGGCCGUUGGCUUCACCCUUGGAGCUGCUUUCGUCUAUCUGGCUGACCUGUUGAUGCCUCACCUGGGUGCAGAAGACCCCCAGACGGCCCUGGCACUCAAUUUCGACCCUGCGUUGAUGAAGAAGUCUGAUGCUGAGGGUCCCAGGCUGCUCUUCCCUGAGAGUGAACUUUCCAUCCGGAUAGGUAGAGCUGGGCUUCUUUCAGACAAGAGUGAGAAUGGCGAGGCGUAUCAGAGGAAGAAGCUGGUGGCUGCCAGCCUGCCAGAGGGCCCUGCUGCCCCUGCGCCUUCCCGGGAGAACCUGGCACCGCCCGGCAGCGGCCACUGGAGAAGGAUCGCCCUGCUCAUCUUGGCCAUCACCAUACACAACGUGCCAGCUGCUUUGACAAGGAGGACCUGCUCCCUUGCAAACCAUCCCAGAAGGCCCCAGCGUGUCCCCCAGCCCUGGCUCCGUGGCACAGGGCAGGCUGCAGGGGCAGGGGGACUGUGCAUUUGCUUGGCUUCAAACCUCUUCAGGAUAGAGAUUCAGAUGCCAGCUCUGGCCACCCACGCCUGGGAGAAAGCAUCAAGCCCAGAGGGUCUUGCUGUUGGAGUUGGAUUUGGGGCUAUAGGAAAGACAGCAUCUGCCACCUUCGAGAGUGCCAGGAACUUAGCCAUCGGAAUUGGGAUCCAGAAUUUCCCGGAGGGCCUCGCCGUCAGCCUCCCUUUACGAGGAGCCGGCUUCUCCACCUGGAGAGCCUUCUGGUACGGGCAGCUGAGCGGCAUGGUGGAGCCUCUAGCUGGGGUCUUUGGUGCCUUUGCCGUGGUGCUGGUGGAGCCCAUCCUGCCCUACGCCUUGGCCUUUGCAGCUGGCGCCAUGGUCUAUGUGGUGGUGGACGACAUCAUCCCUGAAGCUCAGAUCAGUGGUAACGGGAAGCUGGCAUCCUGGACCUCCAUCCUGGGAUUUGUGGUCAUGAUGUCCCUCGAUGUAGGCCUGGGCUAGCGCCGAAAUGCUUCGGAUCCCAGGAAAGGGAGCACAAAGAAACAGCAAUGGCAGGCUUCGACGGGACCACAAGCCUCGCUCUUUACCUUAAAACAUUUUUCCUUUUUUUUUUCCUUUUCAUCUCAUUAUCCUGAUUGAUGCUGAUUAGAACAUGACAAUUUUUACUUUUCUUCUGAGGGAGAUGUUGGUUUUAUUUGGAAUCUCAAGGUGUCAUGAACCACAGAUUUCUGUUUGGCUCCUGAACAGACCCGUUCUUCAGUGGGAUUGCCACGGACGUACAGAUCUGGGAAAUCUCUGCUUUCACGCCUUCAAUCUUCCUCGCUAGAUACAAUGGCGACUUCCAAGGUCACCGCAGGGGCAAGCUCUCGAGAGAGCAGUCUCCUAGGCAGUUUUUGCCUGGUGACUCAGAGCAGAAUGGCCAGGACACCUCUCGUCUGUCCCUUAGUGGAGCGUCAUGGACACAGCAACCUGUCCCCAGAUCCCAGCCAUCCCAGGGAGGAAACGGACCGUCCUCUCCCUCCCCUGAGGAAGAGGCCGUAUGGGAAGGGGCUCCGACAAAGGGAUGGGGACCAGUUAGUCUUCCCCCUUUUUGUGAGGCAAAGAUGGACACCAUUGAGGUUAAGGGAAUUCAGACAAGUUUGAACACACAGUGAGACCUGUGAGAAGAGGACAGAGUGUAGCUUUGAUCAGAGACCCCCGCUGUCUGUGGAUUCUAAGGGCAAAGUGGUCUGUCACAGUUUCCCAAUCCUCUAGACCUUUAUUUUGGUAAGGUUGGUGACCUUCAUUUUUCUAAGAGACUUGGGGAUACCAGCCAACUGCCAGAACUCAAACCCUUCAUCUGCUUAUGGAGGGGGCCACUAAAGCUGAUGUAAGUGAGCGGAGGGCGUUUGGAGUCUGCCGUGGGUCCUUCUUUGUUGACCAUUUAGUAACUUGUAACUUGACCCAGAACUUUUAAGCUGCAGCAGGCUUUGCUGGAGUUUGACCAGAGACCCUAGCGUGAGAAGGGAAGAAGGGGUAGGAGAAGAGAGAUUUUUACAUUGUCCUCGGAAAGUAAUUUUAGCCAAGUCAUCAUUCUGAAAUGACCCUAAAGGAGGACUUGAACUACACUAGAAGCCAAUCCCAAUCUACUCCUUUGUAGACAUAGCUCCUCCAACUGGGGAGGUAGAACUGGUCUGUUUUGAACAUAACUAAGGCCUGCCAUCCUCAUCAGUCAGAGUUGCCUAUGGGAACUGACACGGGCUCUGCCAGCAAGGCAGGCAGUCCAAGAGCCGGGCUUCAAUGCCUGCCCUCUGAGUUUACAUGUUUCAUUGCUUCCAAGGGUAAAUACCCUGCUCUGUGAAUGCUGUAAGACCCAAAGGCCAACCUUCUGCUGGGUCUAUGUUAUGAUCUUCCGAAGCACUGGUGAUCAGAGGUGAAGACACAUUCAGAGGUCUGAUGGGUUGAAAUUAAUUGGUUUGGUGGUCGGUGUAUGUGUAUUCUCAUGUCUUUGUAUGUAAUGCUGCAUAAUGCAAACUUUCUGAUGGACAAGACCUCAUAACUGUGAUUAGUAUCAAUAAAGGGGAUAUUGUUGUGGAUGA